AGCUUAGCCUUUCUAACUGGCCUCGGCUUCGGCGGAUUAGCCACCGCGGCAUCCUCCACCGUGAAGAGCAAGAUGAUCGCCAAGAUGCCACAGAUGUUCGGCAUAAACCUAGGUGUCUCCAAAACCUCACCAUACUUCACCGCCUAUUACGGCCAAUAUCCGCAAGCUCCCUUUCUACCAUAUCCGUUCUUGUAUCCCGGUCCCUUUGGAUUCGCGCCAACGAUCGGCGCCGUAAAAACCCAGACGUCGCAGAACGAUCUAACGCCUCAAGUAAUAAACCUGUUCGACAACAGACCGAACGAUCUCGUGGGAAACAACGAGGACUAUGCAGAAGACACGGAGAACGCGGGCAACGGGGCUGAUGAUCGCAUAAGAUUGCAAGCCGAAGCCAAUCGAAACGCGGAAGAGAAGGGUAUGAUAGGCGAGUGCAAAGAGGGCCAACGGAAACAUGGCAAGGGAACAGCCAGAGAGCGUGAAUAUCUCCAAGUGAAUGCCGCCGAUUUGCGAGCAACCUUGAAUUUUCAAGCUGCGAAUCAGACCGUACCAGAUAACGCAACUACGACAAGUUCACCUAACGAUACAAAUACAACACAUCAUCAUCAUUAUUAUGGCGGUUAUAAGGAAUACCCGCACUUCCCAGGAUAUUAUGGUGGGUAUCCGCAGAAUAUACAACACGUGGACAUUACAACAACGCAACCGUACAGUCAGAUUAGCUAUAACGUACCGUAUGAACAACCCGCCAAUUUUUAUCACGACGAUAAAUACAAUGUUUAUCCGGGACAUAAUCCACCUCUUCCCGCGCCAUUCUCGCCCGAUCACACAAACGAAUAUGUAGGCACGGAUUUUAAUCGAUUAUAUCCUUCGAUUAUUCCUUCGAACUAUCAGCUACCGAAUAUCAGCGGUUUUAGACCCUUAAAAUAACUAAAAUAAGUCAUAUUUUUUAUACAAAGUUCAUUAUACAUAAAUUCCACCAAAUCGUAAAGUAGAUUAUAUCUGAUAAACUUAUAAAAAUUAAAAUGUUGCAGUUAAAAAUUAUUCAUACAAAGAUAUCUAUUAAAUACACAAGAUAAAUAAGAUCCUGAGAAGAAAUCUUAA